AUGGCUACACCCUACGAGCUCAUUUACUACACAGGCGUUCCAGGCCGCGGUGAACAUGUCCGGCUCAUCCUCGAGGAAGCUGGCGUCCAGUACAAAGACACACAGUCACUAUCUUUUGAUGAAGCCCGGAAGAAUGUCGUGACUUGGCUCGCUGGUGGCGGCCAUGGAAACCCACCUUACUUCGCCCCGCCUCUCUUCAAGCACGGCGACCUGAUCAUCUCUCAGACCCCCAAUAUUCUCCUAUACCUUGGUCCCAAGCUUGGACUUGCCGGAUCGCGCGAGAACGACUUGUACCGAGUAAAUGCCCUUGCCCUGACAGCGCUCGACCUUCUUAGCAAUGAAGUUCACGAUACACACCAUCCUAUCGCUACAAUACUACCCUGGGAAGACCAGAAGGAGGAGAGCAAAAGACGCAGCAAGGAAUGGGUCCAAAACCGCCUCCCUAACGUCCUUGCGUACUGGCAGAGAGUGUUGGAGAACGAGGAGCAAGGACCAGGCCCAUGGUUGUUGGGAAAAAUAUUUAGAUACGCUGACUUGGUCUUGUUUCAGACCCUCGAUGGCACCCAUUAUGCUUUCCCUAAGGCAAUGAAGCAAGCCAGAGAAGCCGGUAAAUAUGACAAGGUAUUCAAGUUAUACGAAGACGUCAAGGCUCGGCCAAACAUUGCUGGGUACCUUGCCAGUGACAGAAGACAGAAGUAUCAGGACUGGGGCGUCUACCGGCACUACGACGAUAAUGAUGUAGUUGCUGAGUAGGUAGCCUCUUUUGGUAUAAGGUGUGGCGAGUUAUAUUGUAUGAUUCAAAGAAUGAGUGUUGCGUUCAAGAAAUGAUACCAUGGUCCAUAAAGGAAGCCUUUCUAUUGAAAAAUAUUGUUUUAUUUCCCAUCAAUUCAAUUAAAAACUUAUCACGUAUCGACUACUAUGAGGUUUCAAGUUACGUUAGAUUCGUGAAAUACUUGCACAAAUAGAUCAUGAUACUGAUCGCAAGGGCUCGUCUGCUUGCAACAUCAGUUUGGCCUC